UGCUUCGAUGGCUGUCAUAAACGACGAUAAACGACGCCUGACUCUGGUCGAUGUAUCAAGAUUCUCCGAUGCAUGGACUGGGCGUGCAGCGGUAUUGCCCACCUGCGAAGCCGAACUCAGCGAGUGGUUCUCACUGGCUCUGAACGAGGCGAGGACGGGAAACAGCUACCCGCUUCAUAUCGUUCGCGCUGGAACAAACGAAGAUGUUCGUUUGUGGAUUCAAGGUGUGGUUUUGGAAAGACUGCUGAGAAAUGAGGGCAGCAAAGGCUUAGGCCUAGAUGAUGAAGUCGAGCCCUGGUUUGGGUGUCAAGGAAUACGACUCGGUGCUGGGUGGUCCGAUUGGGGCCCCGCGUUUAAGAAACAGAUGGAUGCGAUUCGAAUGAUCGUAAAUUCUGUUUUUCUCAAGCUCGCAUUGCCACAACUCGACACAGACGUGCCAGAAACGCUAUUCUUGCGGCAUGUGACGGAGGAUUGGGGUGGCGUGCCUUUCGGUGUACAGAGCUUGACUGAAGAUGGACACGUAUGCGAGUGCAGUAAGGGUAUGAUGUCCCGGGGUGACGUUGUCGAAAUGAGGAUUAUUCCGCAGGUCGUGUUGGUAGUUGGACGAGACGGAUUGCCGCGUACAAACAUCUUCUUUGACUGGGAUAAAAUCGUCAAGAUUCGCGACCGGUCUUGGUUUUUAAAAGUGCGUUUCCCCUUAUCUCAAAGUUCGUAACCUCACCAUGCGCAGAUGGAUCCCCCUGGUCGCUGGCUAGCCACCGAAUGGAGAGGGGGUCACCACGUUGGUGCUCCAGCGUUUGAAGACAUAGAUUUCAAGCAAGGCACUCUCAGCGACAACAUGAUUGCACAGUUACUCGCUAAGACUUCAGGUUCAGGACGUCCGCUAUUAGACAGAAGUAUAGACGCUCAGAAAAAGUUGAGCGGUAGAAUAGUCGUAGAGCGAAAUACCGAGACUGGAUACCGAAUGUGUGAGGAAGGGGAAGGGGAUGGAUGAUACCGUGUGGCGAGGGUGGUGUUGACGAGCCGCUCAUGUGGAAUUGACAUGCUAUGGACUAAAAGUGGCGGAUUAUGUUGGAAGUACGUAAUGGCAUGUGGGUCUGUACAAAGUGUCUGCAAUAAGGGACCAGGUGCCGCCCGGAGGGCAAGU